GAGCCCCAAGGACCCAAGUCGAUUGACCUGGUUUAAGACCCAUGGCCGUUCUUGACCAUGAUCCAGUGCUGAAGGAGAAGGCGAAACAGAAGCAAGAGCAAGUGCAGCACUUCAUUCGAAGUGUGGAACGCGCUUGCGAGCAGAACCUCGAAGAGGAUCGGCAAUGGCUGCUGCAAGUGAUCCAGCCAAGCAAUCCUUGCUUUGCGACCUUGGUGCGGCUCAUUUACGAGCCCAAGUACAAGGGCUACCUGGACCUUUGCGCCUGUUGCCUCCGAGCAGUUCAGAUGCUUCUGCGCAUUGCUCGCACGAUGUUCGAAGAUUCCGAUCCUAAUCUGGGAUGGAAGACCUUUGUGGAGCUGGCGGGCUCCACCCAGGCGGAGCAGGCCUUGCCAGAGUUGAGGGUACUAGCUGAGCAACAGGCCGACCGCGUGGUCGCCAGCAAUGCGGUCACGGUGCUCGCGGAGCUGGGCCCUUGUGCGCUCACCUCAACGUUGGUGCCACGCGUGCUGGAGCUCUUUGAGGAGACGCCCGAUCGGGCGAGUGACCUCUCCGAGGUGGUGCUUCGAGUGCAUGCCUGGGGUGGAGAAUGCAGAGAACAGCUUUGCAAUGCAAUUGUUGGAGUGAAUCACAAUGGCGGCCACCUUCUAGUGGAGGUGCUGUUGCAGAUGAUCAACCGAUGUGAUUUCAAACGGCAGCAGCGAGCUGCUAAGGUUCUCACUGGCUGCUUCGGCCUAGCGGAAGCGAAAGAGUGGAUGUACACCAACGAUUCCUGUGUUUUGGUGGAGCUCCUCCUUCGUGAGAUCCCGGCAAAAGCGGAAGAUCCCAAAGCUUUUCAUUGCUUCAGCAACUGCGUGAAGGCGCUCUUACUUUGCAGCCAAGCAGCUGCCACUCACCGGCGCAGUGAACUCUGGCAGGUCAUGGACGAUCUACGCCAGGAUGAUCGUUUGGAACGCUCAGUACGGCAAGACUGCGUGGAGGUGCUUGAGGUGAUGCAAGCGACCGAUCCCGCCAUGAAGGCCUGAUACCUCUGACGAUGGUUUGGCCUGGUCUGUGGCGACCUGAGGCCGUUACGGUCUCCUUUUGGAUUGCCGUUGAAGAGCAGAGGAUAAGACAUCCUCGCAAGAAAGAGCUUUGAGUGUGAAAGUAAAGAAGAGAGG